AUGCAUUUUGGAUCAGGUAUAAAUCCUUUACCCCCAUCCCCCCAGCAUUUGGCAGCAUUCAUUGCCAACUGCUUUCUUAAAAAGCUGGCUGCCUCAUCAACACGCACACUGGUAUCAUCUCUAAGCUUCAUUUUUCAACUCGGGGGCUACCAAGAUAUUACACAACACUUUAUUAUUAAAAAAAUGCUGAUAGGGUUUCAAAAAUGUAAACCAUCAUUGGACUCUCGACUUCCCAUUACGCCAGCUAUUUUGAUGCAAUUGGUAAAUGCUCUGCAGCAUACUUCAUCUUCCGCAUUCCUUCGCUGCUUACUAAGAGCCAUGUUCAUUUUGGCAUUUUGCGCAUUCUUACGAGUUGGAGAAAUCACAAAAACAACUGGCUCUGCGCAACAUUUUUUGCUGUUUGAGCAUAUCUCAAUCCAUAAGGGGGCAGACCAUUUACAAAUUAUUGAUAUUAAUAUUCCCCAUUUUAAGCACUCAAAGUCUAAUGUUACCACUUUGCGCCUACAUCAAAAUACGAAAAAUCCAGUUAUUUGUCCUUGUUUAGCACUAACCAAGUAUCUCCAGCUAAGAAAGCAUGAGUCUCCCUCAGAACCCCUUUUCUCCUUCAUGGAUAAAUUACCAGUUUCUAAACAAUUCUUCACGCACCAUUUACGCACAUCUUUAGCUUUUUGCAAUCUUGAUUUGCAACGCUACCAGUCUCACAGUUUUCGAAUAGGUGCAGCGACAACUGCUGCCUCGUUAGGGUUCUCAGAAAUCCAGAUACAAAAUAUGG